AUGGCAGAUGAUGAUUUGCCUCCGCCGCUGGAGGACAUGACGGCCGAGCUGCAGCUCCGGCACCGUCUAGGCGCUGGCCCGCCGAAAAAGGCCCCGACACCCAUUACCAGCAAACCCGCUGCAACCCCUGUUCAGGCCAAACCACCCGUCAAAACCCAGGCCAAGACCAAGCCAGCAACCACAAAGACGAGUGGUGGUGGCUUUGGGGGCUUUGGCAAAGGCUUUCUAUCCGGGGGGGCCACCAAGAGCAAGCCGAAGCCAAAGGCCAUUUCAAAGCCGCCAGCUCAAACCACCGCCACACCAACUGCCCCCUCGUCACAAGCCAACAAGACCGUGCCUUCACCUUCCAACUCUGAAGACAUGCCUUUUAUUCGGGCCAAUCCAGCCGCUGCCUCCCCCCUGCUUCCCGAAGUCCAAGAUGCUUUGACGCAAGCCGCUCCAUUCUUGGAGAAAACACGUGACCAAUGGCUGACACCAGAUCUUUUGCAAAAGUUUCAGAGCAAACCCCACCUGCUCAAGUGCAUGGGUGAUCCGACUUUCCAAAAGGCCUUGCAAGAAUUCCAAUCUGACCCAGCCACGGCCAAGAAGAAAUAUGGCACCAACCCCGAGGUGGCGCAAUUUUUCAAAGAGUACUUUGAAGUUAUGGGAUCCCAUUUCGAGACCUUGGGCGAGAAGGAGGACCAAGAGAAGGCCCGUACAGCCCAACAACCAGCCGCACCGGACUUGCUACCUGAGGACGAGCAACACCUGCGACGCGUCAUGGAAGAUCCGGAUGUUCGUGAGGCAUUAGCAGUUCCUGCUAUCAAGCACAUGAUCGAGACCCUCAAGCUGCAUCCUGAGCAAGCCCCGCGCAUCACGUCCCAAGUCAUGUGCGAUCCAGCCCUCACACGCCAUGUCCGUGUUCUAGUCCGAGCAGGGCUUUUGGGCGUUGCGAGUUGA